AUGGUGUCGGUGGCAGAUGAGAAAGAAAGAUCCGGUUCGGCACGAAUGGCGGAACAAAAUGUAACGAAAGCAAUCAAGCAGAAGCAACAGGCAGAUGAGCUGUGUGACAAAAGUGUACCCAACAACUCUUGGUGGCUUCUGUUUGGAGUCAUUCUACUGAUGACGGUUGGAACCCGGUUUUAUAAUGUAACAGUCCCGGACCACGUGUGCUGGGAUGAGACUCACUUCGGCAAAAUGGGAAGCUGGUACAUCAACCGGACAUUUUUCUUCGACGUACAUCCCCCACUCGGCAAGAUGUUGAUCGGUCUAUCCGGUUACCUUACCGGGUACGAUGGAACGUACCCUUUUGACAAACCAGGCGAUAAGUAUAACGGAACUCAUUACGAAGGAAUGCGAAUUUUUUGUACCGCACUUGGUGCUGCAAUUGUGCCAAUGUCAUUCCACACUGUCUGGGAUAUGACGGGUUCGCUAACGGCGUCCACCUUCGCAGCCGCCUAUAUCCUGUUCGAUAUCGGCAUGCUGAUACUGAAUCGGUACAUCCUUCUCGAUCCGCCACUGAUCUUCUUCAUGACCGCCUCCGUCAUGGGUAUGGCACGUGUCUCACGGUUAACCAGGGAAGCAAAUAGUUUCUCCGCACCGUGGUGGAGUUGGCUGGCGUUCACCGGUUCCAUGUUGGCGUGCACGAUUAGUGUGAAGUUUGUCGGGCUGUUUGUGGUGCUACUGGUCGGACUGCAUACGGCCAGCGAUCUGUGGGAUGUACUCGGUGACCUAACACUACCCAUCACGCACACCGUCCGUCAGUUGGUAGCCCGUGCACUAACACUGAUCGUGCUGCCCAUCGUGCUGUAUGCCGGUUUCUUCUACAUCCAUCUGACGGUGCUGAAUCGCAGCGGUAGCGGCGACGGGUUCUACAGUUCCGGCUUUCAGUCCAAUCUGAUCGGCAACUCGCUGUACAACGUGUCGAUGCCCCGUCAGGUAGCUUACGGGGCUGUUGUAACGCUGAAAAACCACAAAACCGGUGGAGGUUAUUUGCACUCGCACAACCAUCUUUACCCGAAGGGUUUUGGUGCGCGCCAGCAACAGGUUACGACGUACAGCCACAAGGAUGAUAACAACAAAUGGUUGAUUAAGCCAUAUGAUAAGCAAACGCUGGAUAAUGUUACGCUAAUUAAGCACGGCGAUUUAGUACGGUUGGAGCAUGUACAGACCAGACGGAAUCUACACUCGCACCGUGAGCAAGGGCCGGUAACGAAAAAGCAUCUGCAGGUUACCUGCUACGGAGAGGAUGGACAGGGAGACACGAACGAUGUGUGGCUGGUGCAGAUUGUCGGUGGUAAAACCGGUCAAACGGUGGAGACCGUUACGAGCCGGCUCACGUUCUACCACUAUAUCGAACGGUGCGUCCUGACGACCACCAGCAAACAGCUGCCCAAGUGGGGUUUCGAGCAGCAGGAAGUCACCUGCAAUCCGAACAUUCGCGACAAAGCUGCCCAGUGGAACGUGGAGGACAAUCAGUUUGAGAAAUUGCCGAGCGUUAACUUUCAAGUUUACGCACCGGGCUUCAUUAGUCGCUUCUUCGAGUCCCACGCCGUUAUGCUGCAGGGUAAUGCUGGUCUCAAGCCGAAGGAGGGUGAAGUUACCAGCCGACCGUGGCAAUGGCCCAUCAACUAUCGGGGUCAGUUCUUCUCCGGUUCCGACCAUCGCGUUUAUUUAUUGGGCAACCCAAUCAUCUGGUGGAGCAAUUUGGUAUUUUUAGCACUCUUCUUAAUCAUCUUCGGUGUGGAGAUUAUCAGAUAUCAACGCUAUUCCGCACCCGGGCCGGUGACCACCCAACGGACGACGCCCGAUCCGUCUCCAUUCACCGAGGACGCCGCCAAAUGGCAACUGCUGCGUGCGUCCCUGUGGCUGUUCGGAGGAUGGUUGAUCCACUACCUACCCUUCUACGCGAUGGGACGCGUCCUCUACUUCCAUCACUAUUUCCCCGCCCUGGUCUUCAACUCGAUGCUCGCCGGUGUAAUGCUCGAUUACAUUACGGGCCGGUUGCCGGGAUGGUUGCGUCACGCCUGCCUGGGUACGGCGAUGGCUGGGCUGGUGUACAGCUUCGUGCUCUUCUCGCCGCUCGCAUACGGUAUGAGUGGUCCCUUCAGCCACGAACCCAACUCUACGUUGGCCUCGCUCAAGUGGAUGAGCAGUUGGGAAUUUUGA